UAUCUAUAUUUUGGGGGGGGGGUGAGAGAAGGAUGUGCUUUUCUCCCCCUUAAUCUACAAACAGGGCAGCUGGGAAGGGAGGGCGGGAUUUGGGGCGAGGUUGGGGGAUGAAAGAAUAGUAGGGGAGUGCCCCCUCCCCCUUCCUCCUGUUGAAGGGCUGAGGCUUGAACCGAGGCCCCAGUUCCGCGACUCUCUGCGAGAUCAGGGUUCUCCCUGGCAAGAAUCCCUGGGGCACUUUUGACUCCACGAUUCUGGCUCCCCUUUGUGUGGAGAAUCAGAGAGAGGGAGUCCAUGGAAGGGGUUAAAGGAGGCGAGAGAGGCCUGAAUAGAGAACCCCCCCUCCCGUCUCCCUCCUCUCCCCCCUCCCUGCUCUUCCUGCGAGGCUCCUCCGGAUGGAAAGGUGGGAGCACUUGGGAGCAAUUCCGCAAGAAGGGAAACAAAUAGGAUUUUCUCUCCCCCCACCCCACCCCCGUCGAAAAAAGACAGUAGAGAAGGCAGUCACAUGGAGUGGGAAAAGAGAGAGGAUAUUUGAAAGUAUGGAGUGUGGAAAGAGAUUCACUGACAGUGGAACACUUAGAAAACAUCAACAGACUCACACGGGGGAGAAACCAUUUAAAUGCAUGGAGUGUGGAAAGAGCUUCACAACUAUUGGAAACCGUAGAAUUCAUCAACGGACUCACACGGGAGAGAAACCAUUUGAAUGCAUGGAGUGUGGAAAGAGCUUUGCUGAGAGUGGAAAACUUAGAAUUCAUCAACGGACUCACACUGGGGAGAAACCAUUUAAAUGCAUGGAAUGUGGAAAGUGCUUCAGUAGGAGUGGACACCUGAAUGUACAUCAUCAGACUCACACGGGGGAGAAACCAUUUAAAUGCAUGGAGUGUGGAAAGAGCUUCACUACUAUUGGAAACCGUAGAAUUCAUCAACGGACUCACACGGGGGAGAAACCAUUUAAAUGCAUGGAGUGUGGAAAGAGCUUCACUGAGAGUGGAAAACUUAGAAUUCAUCAACGGACUCACACGGGGGAGAAACCAUUUAAAUGCAUGGAAUGUGGAAAGUGCUUCAGUUGCAGUGGAACCCUGAAUUUACAUCAUCAGACUCACACGGGGAAGAAACCAUUUAAAUGUAUGGAGUGUGGAAAGAGCUUCAGUCAGAGUGGACACCUUAGAAUUCAUCAACGGAGUCACACAGGGGAGAAACUAUUUAAGUGCAUGGAAUGUGGAAAGAGCUUCACUGAAAAUGGAACACUUAGAAUUCAUCAACGGACUCACACAGGAGAGAAACCAUUUGAAUGCAUGGAAUGUGGAAAGAGCUUCAGUGAGAGUGGACACCUUAGAAGCCACCAACGGAGUCACACAGGGGAGAAACCAUUUAAAUGUAUGGAGUGUGGAAAGAGCUUCAGUCAGAGUGGACACCUUAGAAUUCAUCAACGGAGUCACACAGGGGAGAAACCAUUUAAAUGCAUGGAAUGUGGAAAGAGCUUCAGUGAUAGUGGAAACCUUAGAAAACAUCAACGGACUCACACGGGGGAGAAACCAUUUAAAUGUAUGGAGUGUGGAAAGAGCUUCAGUCAGAGUGGACACCUUAAAAUUCAUCAACGGAGUCACACGGGGGAGGACCCAUUUAAAUGCAUGGAGUGUGGAAAGAGCUUUCGUCAGAGUGGAGACCUUAGAAAACAUCAGCAAACUCAUACAGGGAAGUAACAGUAUAAUUUCUAGGGAAGUGGACAGAGGAUCAGUUGAAGUGGAGGAAGAAAAAGAAGAAGAAGAAGAGUUUGGAUUUGAUAUCCCGCUUUAUUACUACCCGAAGGAGUCUCAGAGCGGCUAACAUUUUCCUUUACCUUCCUCCUCCACAACAAACUACUGUGUCUGUUCGUUAAAUCUCCUUACAGUUGUCAGUCAUUUUUCAAUUGGAGUUCGCACCGAAAGUGACCACUCUCCUCUAUUGCUGACCAUCCAAUGUGAAUCCGAUACUAAGGUAUCGCAAUCUAGUCACUCCGAUCACUCCUCUUACAACGUCCUUAAACGGAUUAGGUGGUCAAACGAAUCUGAGGGGGCGAUUACUAAACUCUUGACUUCUGAUAGAAUGUUACUCUUGAGAGCUUCCCUUAUUAACUCUGACUCGCCAUAUGCAGCACUCUCAACCUAUUCGCAAAUGAUAGAUCAGUGUGAUACAAUAGCUAAACCUAUAAUUGCUACCCCCUCUAAUCGUCUUUCUUGGUUUGAUCGGGAAUGUUAUACAGCGAAAAGAUGGCUUAGAAUAGCCUUCAGUGACUUUUGCAAAAAGAGUGAUGAGAUAAGCAAAACAACUUACUUUGUUAGUAGGAAGAUAUACAACGAACUUAUAGUCAGGAAAAAAAUGCAUAUUAUCUAAAAGAAAUGGUCACGUUUAAUUAUCGCUAUAAAUUCGAAUGACCAUAAAACAUUCUGGCAAAUAACCUCCGGUCAUCUAAAUAAUAAUCUAUUUCCUACUGCCCCUACUAUUUCCCAACAAUCCUGGGUCGAUUAUUACAGCAACAAACACUCUGAGAGGUGAGUGGUGCUGAGAGACUUCAGAGAAGUAUGACUAGCCGAAGGUCUCCCAGCAGCUGCAUGUCCCGGUUCCCCAGAUUACGAGUCUACCGCUCUUAACCACUACACCACAGUGGCUCUCUGGAAGUCUUAAAAACCAUCGGGUAAUAGCUGUAAGAGUGGAAACUCUACAAAGCAUCAAUUAACUCAAAGAAGAGAAAUGGUUUAAAUAGAAGGAUUGUAGAUUCUGCUUUGGUUAUUAUGGAACACUUUUUAGAGUGUAGAACCUGUUUCUCUCAGAGUUGACACUUUCACAUCAAUAACAGGAAAUCAAUCUUAAAUGCAUGCAGCGUAUUUGAGUUUCUGUUGUUUGCAUGUAACACUGUCUAGACAUGCUUUAAAAGUAAUGAGGGUAACAUUUCACAAAAGUAAGCAUAAUAUAAUAUUUAAUGUACUGUUAGAUAGGGAGGGGGAGUGUGUGAGUCUGGAGCACAGGUGUCAAACCCAAGGUCCGCGGGCCAAAUCCGGCCCGCCAGACCUCCUCAUGUGGCCCGCCGAGCGCCCCAGCCAGCAGGACCCAGCAGCGGGACCUUGCUGCUGAAGCGCUGCGCCGACAAACAGGCCGCUAUCUGGAGGCGCGCGGGGAGCGCUCCGCUUGGAGACUACAGCUCCCAGGGGCUCCUUUCAGGAAACCGAUCUCGCCUGUUACUCUCGCGAGAUGGCCCGCCGCCGCUCCCUUCCCCAACCCCACCUCUCGCAACUUCGCGCUCGCUUUCGGCGCGGUGGUUGAAUGUGGGGCGGGGUGGUGGCGGCGAUGGCAACGCGCUCCGCUGCCGCGUCGUCUCCUCCGACGAAGCUGUCCUUGUCGCCGUUCGUCCGGAAGCUCCGUAAGUCCUCCAAAGCCCCUCUCCCUUUCUGGCUAGAGGAGACAAGCGCGCUGGAGCCGCAGCCGUGGCUUCCAGGGGCGCCGGAAUGAGCGGCAGAGGCAGGGCUGGCUGCUGCUUCUCCCUCUCGCUCGCUCGCUCGCUCUGAACUACCCAAUGAAGGGUUGCUUCACUUGGAAGGAUCAAAAGAGCAGCGAGGGGUGUGGGAAGGGAGGGGUGUGGGAGAAAUGCAACAGUGGAGAAACUGAGGUCGGGCUGCCUUUAAAUGGGAGUUUUUUAAAAAAAGGUUUCAAUCCAAGUAGGGGGGGGGGGAGAAGGAAAAAAAUCAACUCCUCCUGAUUCCCGAGGAAAUCAGAAGCAGAUUUCAAGACAUUUAAUCACACACAGGGUGUCACUCUUGUGUGUGUGUGUGUGUGUGUGUGCGUUAAGCUUUUCAAAAUCUGCUUCACCCAACAAGGACAGCGAAUUUGGGUUUCCUGUAAAUUUCCCAAAUGGAGAGGGAUUGAUUGGCGAAAAAGGGGAGGGGGAAGGGGUGGGCGGCUAGCAAAGGAGCAGAGAAGAAUGGCAUAUUAUCUGGCAGGGGAGGGGUGGCAGGAGGGAGGCAGCCCUCCAUUCCUCCCUGGAUAGUUUAUAUAGAUCAGGGGUGGCCAACUCCAGAGAGACUGCUUGAGUUGUUGAGCUUUUUUUAGGGAGAUAUAUGGUCCGUUUUCUGAGGAACGAACAGAAGCAGCCACUAACGUUAUGGAAAGGGUUAAACUCCAGCUUCACUUCCGCACAGGGAGAGGGGGCGGGGCCAGAAGGGCAGAGCCUCGCAGGGAUCGACCAAUAGACUAACUUGAAGGCUGCAGCUAGCUGCAACAGAAUAUUCUAAAGUAGAGCGGUUUGAGAAUUUCGUUGAAUAUAAAACAUUUUUACUUGUCCUAGAUACCUGCGUGCUUUGCUGAUUACUGGAUCCAUGGUCCCUUGUGUUCACAUUAAUGUUUGCAUAUCGUAUGACUUAUGAGGCUCAACCCAAGGCUGCCCUUCCACACCCAUUUAUACAAACCUAAGCUCCAUUGGGUAUUAAAGAUACAUAGGCUUGCAGUGCAGAGAAUUCUUACAUUUGCCCUCUGCUCCAUGAAGCGCCAGAGCAGGAGCCCCACCCAGCCCCCUUCUGCCCCCCCCAACCAGCAGGAAUGAGGAAGGGCUGAAGGCUUCCUCACUCAGCCCCACACCCAAGCCCCUCUCCCCAGAGAACCCUGUGAGGCGCAGGGGGAUGAUGGGGGACCCUUGUAAAUCCAUCUUCCUGAACAGCAGCUCCAAGCGUUUGACAAUAUUUGUAUGUUAAAAAAAAUACUGUCUGUUACCAAAAAUCAUUUUUCAAUAAAUUGUACAAUAAUUGUACAUUUGAAUAUCUACUUGCCAUUAUUCUGACUAUGUUUCUGCUUUCAGAGCUAGUUAUUACUUACAUUAUUACAAAAAACAGUAAUAAUUGAAUGCAGUGACAAUAAUUUAUGAUAAUAAAGAGUGGACACAUAGUCCUACAGAUGCAACCGGCCCUUUGUGGGUGACCAAACUGCUGAUGCGGCCCCCGAUGAAUUUGAGUUUGACACCCCUGGUCUGGAGUGUUUCUUCUGAAUGAGGAUUGACUGAGAGUGAGCUGGUUUUGGUGUUUGGUGGAGGGAGUUGGAAAUGUUUGUAUCCGGGAAUGGAGAGUUGCACAAAGUGGAGCUGAGACUGGUGGUGUUGCUUUGGAAGCAGAGUUGGUUAGAUUAAUAUUAUAGGAACAGCAGCAUAACUCCCACUGUUAUAAUUGCAAUAAUGGAACCAUGAAGACACAGAAAGAUUGAUAGCACCUACUUAUAUGCCCAAGGUAAUCUUUCAACCCUCAUCUAUUGUUUUGAUAUAUGGAUAUACUAGCUGGCCCUGCACGCGUUGCUUUGUGUUAGUCUGUGAAAUUGAGGGUAAUAGCCCCCCUUCAGAUCCCCCUGAGCCUCAGAGUCGCCCUGAGUCGAGGCGAGACACUGUGGAGAGGGCAGGUUUCAUCCCUGUGUCUCCCCCCACCCUGUUCUGACCCAUUACUUAUCCUUGCCCUCUAUUUGCCCCCCCCCACCUCCACUUGGCCUAGUCUGGAAAGCGGCCUAGUCUGCAAAGCCGAGGUGAGAUAUUGUGGAGAGGGCAGGUUUCAUCCCUGUGUCUCCCCCCACCCUGUUCUGACCCAUUAUGUAUCCCUGCCCUCUAUUCACCCCCCCCACCUCCACUUGGCCUAGUCUGGAAAGCGGCCUAGUCUGCAAUGCCGAGGUGAGAUAUGUCGGUUUUUUGGUGGGGUUUUUUUGGGGGGGUAGUGGUGCUAAAUGGUAAAGU